UUUUCCCCCUGCCUUCAGCGCCUUUUGCAAGGUAUUUUCCAUUGCCUCUCUUACAGUCUCACCACUCGUAUCGCCCAUUCUCUUCCCGCCAAGAUGCCGAAAAAGAACAAAAGGUCGAACAAAUCCCAGCCAAAAGAGGUGCAACAACGCGCCGAGCCCUCGACUCCAUCUCCCAAGGAGCCUGCCUCCGCUGGUCCAUCCAUGCCCAAGAAGCGCCUCCCUGUUGCACAAUCCCCAACGCCGCACAGCACCGGUAACAUCCGGGAGUAUGAUGAUGAAGGAGCCAAAUUACUCGCGCUUCCGAAAAUCCGAAGCAAGUUGCCCAAGGAAGUAUCACAGCGAGUUCAGGAAGCAGUCGAGGGCCUACGUGGUGGGAAGCGCAACAUCUCGCAGCUCUCCAAUUUGACCAUUGAUGCCCCCCCUCCGGCAAAGCAGCAGAUGGUAGAAAGGGAUCGAGAUGCAGCAGAAUCAAUCAUAGAGGCCACUCUUCAAGACAAGGAGAAAGAGCUGGCCGCAGCCGAACAGGUCGUCGGCAUUCUCAACGGAGAAUGGCAUGCUGGGAACCUCGACAUCACCCAAGAAACGUUCACGUCUGAAAUUGAAAAAUUGGAGCGCCGAAUCACAUCCCUCAUAGGAGAUACCGUUGUUAUCCGGACCUCACGCCACGAGCUUAGCGGCAGGAUGCUGGAUGAUAUGAUUUGGCGGCAAGACCGUGAGAAUGCAGACUGGGCCUACCUUGAUCUGUUAAUCAGCCGCUACAAGACACCUGAAGGGGCAAGACUGUCUCUCUUUGCACCUCGAGAUGCAGACGCUCAACAAAGGUUUCGCGCAAAAGUGCUUAAAGCAUAUGGCGCUGCAGAUGGGCAUGCCGCUUGGUGUGCCAUUUCAGGCCAAUGGCAUGAUGCAAGCCUUAUCAAAGCAGCUCACAUUGUUAGAUACAAUGUGGGCGAACCUUCUGCCCAACACCUGUUUGGCCCCUCAAACGAUAAGGAUGGCCACCUGAUGGGAGCAAAAAAUGGCAUACCAAUACACCAGGUGUAUGAACAGGCGCUGGACGAGGCCCGUCUGGUCAUUGUACCUGAUGGAGACCAGGAGAACGGCCAAGCAUCUACCAGCGGUUGGAAGGUCUAUUGGCUCUAUGAAGCUGAUGCCAAGAAAAGGUCCCUGGCGCUGCCAUCAGGCUCUGAACUCCACGGACGCUCGCUGCAGUUCCAGAACGACUUUCGCCCGGCCGCACGAUACUUGUACUUUGCGUUUUGUAUGAGCAUCCUGAGGCGACAACGCCACGACGUUCCCGGUUGGUGGCGGGACUACCUCAUCGAUGGCGUAGGAAAGGUUUGGGCAACACCGGGCAGUUACUUGCGCAAUUCGACUCUUCGCAAAAUUGCGCACCAAGUCGGCCAUCUGACUGAGGAGGAGGCGUCGAUAUUUGCAGCCGAAGGGGGCAGUGGUCGCACAACUGAUCCUGCUGAUGAAGAUGAAGACGAAGUCAUGGAUUCUACACAUUCCAGUGUAAUAAGCUCCGCUUGUGCCUCGCAGGCUUCGCCAACACCUUCCACUUAGAGAGGCAAGCGAAUUCAGAGACGUGACGAGGCUGAGAGUGAUGAUGAAGAGGAAUAAAACGAGGGGACUACGUGGGCGAAAGCCUAGUUUACCCACUCUCAGGUUAGGGAUGAGAUGAAUGAUACCGAAACUAAUUUGCUUGUGUGACUUGAAGUGCUUUGAUCGCCCAAAUAAUAGGUUGAGAAAGAAUAGAUGGCUAAUUGAAAAG